UCAUUUAUAAAAGAAGUCAUUGAGGAUGCCGGCUGUCUCCUGUUUUUUUUUUUUUCUGCUGAUGAUAGUAUUUACAUCUCAAAUCACAUUUUUCUCUCUCUUUCCUGUGACGUCUCAGUCACCACAUCCUGGUUUUGACUUCACAGGACGCCGACAUCGCUGCAGUUUAACGGUUUUCCUGUCAAUUCUCAGCUCACACGUUCAUGUGCACUCGUACGCUCUCGGGGGACGAAUUCACUCACCGUGCCGGCUAAAGUGCACCCACCCCACACUAUACAAUAAAUAAUUACAUACCAUAAUGGUAGGCUACUGUCCAAUCUGUGGGAAGCCCGUUUACUUUGGUGAGAAGAAGAGGUCCUUAGGGAGGGACUACCACCCUCUGUGUCUGAAGUGUCAAAAGUGCAACAGACAACUCACAGCUGGACAACAUGCCGAGUAUGACGAGAAGCCAUACUGUUCACACUGCUACCUGAAGAUGUUUGGUCCAAGAGGUAACAGGUGACUGCAGUGCAGUGCUCCUUCACAGACACCAGCCUGAUCCAGAAUGGACUGAAGCUGACACACAAAAGACACGCACAGCCUCUUUAUUGGCCCCAAAAAUGAAUAAAUGAAUAUGAAUAAAAUCAAUUAUUUAUAAAUGUGUGAUGAUCCCUUGAAGUCACGUAAGUGUGUGAUUCACUUUUAUAAUAUACAUGGGUUUUGCAUGUAGAAAGUUGUUAAUAUCAAUAAAGGCAUUUUUAAACAUCA